AUUGGGUAAUUAUUAGAGAUAACUGAAGAUAAGCAAGGGUUUGACAUGCACAAAGGAAUGUGAGGUUUGAAUGUUGGAAAUAACACAAAUAAAAACAUGGUUUUAGCUGUAACAAUUGUUCUUCUUGGUGCUGUAUCAUACGCAGCAGUACUUCGAGAAAAUAGAGGAAUAUGUAAAGAUACCUGGUCUAACGUUCCAGAUCCUUGUGUACACAACCCAAACAAAACCAUAUAUUUUCCUCACCCUGCGGAUGUAAGAAAAUUUAUACAGUGUGACCUUCUUGGAAGAAUGUACAUUAUUCAGUGUCCUAGAGGAGAAAAAUACGACUUCACUACAUCAUCUUGUGCAGGAAAUGCUUCUACACCAACGGGCACUACGCCACAGUUGGCUACAACAACAAUACAAGUAACCAAUUCACAAACACCAGGACAAACCACUUCGCAAACACCUAAACAAACUACUUCGCCAACACCUGCACUAACCAAUCCACCAACACCUGCUCCAACCAACCGACCAACAACGGCACAAGUAACCACACAACCAACAACUGCUCGUGUCACCACUUCACCAACGCCUGCGCAAAGAACUACUUCUGCAGCUUCGGCAACGCUAUCGAAAAAUCCUUGCACGAAUGCUAACUUUGCACACGGACUCAAUUAUUUCGAACACCCAACUGAUCGCAAUAAGUUCAUUGAGUGUGACCUGACUGGGAAUGCUAUAGUCAUGUCAUGUGAUCCAGGAUUAGUAUGGCUUCAAAAAAAUGUCACAUGCGCUUUUAAUAUGCAACAAGCAGGGUUUAAAAUUCCAACAGGUGCACCCGUUCAAACUACUUUAACUACAACAGUUGCUCCAAAGAUUACGACACCAGCGCAGAAUCCAUGCACUCCAGAUGCUAUCAGCCAUAACAAGCUUUUCCACCCUCAUCCUGAUCCUCAUAAGUUUUAUCAGUGUGAUAUGGCAGGAAAUGUCCAGACAUAUGAUUGUCCCCCAACUCUUGUAUGGAAUAGCGUUGCUAAUACAUGUACUGCUUCUUACUUAAAUCUUCCAGCGGUUGGUUAAAAGAGAAAAUAAAGAAAUAAAAAAAAAAUCUUUUUGUACAAAGUAGUUUUAUCGAAAUUUAUCAUGCUGAACUUACUUUAAAUAAAGCUUAUACUAACAAUGA